AUGCAUUUGGCGUCGCACAGCGCCCAGAAGAAACCGCACGAUAUGGGUGACGACAAGGGCGACAAAAACGAAAAGCCAGCCGUGAAAACUCUCAGUCGAGUUCCACGUGCCUGUAAUGCGUGUCGCAAGCAAAAGAUGCGAUGCGAGGGUGCCGAUAAUCCGCCGUGUCGACGAUGUCGGAAUACGGGUCUUGAGUGUAUGUUUGAGCGUCCAAACCGAGAAGCUACAUUGACGGGCGAAGCUGGUCUUGAGCGCAUCCGGAGCUUGGAAGCCCACGUCGUCGAAAUCAGGCAUAGUCAGGCAACCAUCCUUAAUUCUCUUGCAGAAAUACAGGCUCAACUUCGAGGUUCCGUCUUUCCGGUCCGACCUCCCCCUCCAGAGUUCAUGGCGCCCUUCCACCACCAAUCACCUAUUAUGCAUUCCCCUGCUGCUCAGACUCCUUCUACAGUUCACUCUCACUCUGCUGAUAUCCAGCCUUCACCCACUGGCGCUCCUCCCAUGUUCAACCGCGGCCCGGGAGCAAACACGCCCGGAGCGUCACGCUCCUCUCGACCUCCUUACCCAGGUGCCGCUAUGCCGCAGCAGAGCCAGAUGCCUCCGGCCGGUGAAUACACUGGUCCUCAGCCUGGCCCGCCCAAUGCGUUCCCACCGAUCGCGUAUAAUCCCGGCUUUCAGGGUCCGCAAGGCCCGGUUUUACCGCCAUUUUCCAGCAUUCAGUCGAUGGGGCAACCAACAAGCCCACAACAGGCUCAAGGGAACGUUUCAUCCGUGAGAUUUUAUCCUCCGGAUAAUGCGACAAGUGGCGAGUCUUCUGAAUUGGAUGAUGAAGACAAUGGCGAACUUCCUGCCUCCGGACUUGUCGCACCUUGGGAAGUCUUACGAGGUUUGGCUGAUGUGGCUAUUGAACGUGCAGCCAAGGCACGUGAAAACGGUGAUAGCAGUGAUGCCCAGAGCCGACCACGAACACCGAUAUCAGAUUCGCAAGCAGGACCCAAUAAGCGAAGGAAGAUACGACAUGAAGGGACUAGGGUGCUCUUUUUCCCCGACGUGGUUACAAAGAAUAUCAUUAGCGAGGCCGAAGCAAGAGACUUAUUUAGGAUCUUUUAUCAUGGUUGCUCGACCUUCUUACCUGUCUUUGAUUCGAAUGUUGAUACAUUCGAAAAUCUCCACCAAAGAUCCCCUUUUGCUGUCGACGCUAUCUGUAUGGUUGCUUCGCGCGUUCGUGAUGGCGGGGGAAAAGCGAGUGAUAUUUCCUUGAGAUGUUUAGAUGAAGCGCAAGUAAUAUCGUGCGCGACAUUGUUCUCCCCCGUUGCUCGGAUUGAAGCGGUACAAUCUAUGAUACUUGUAUCAGGCUGGUCUGACAAUGGGUGGUUAAGCGGUGGUCAUGCUGUACGGAUGGCUUUGGAGUUAUCUCUUCACAAGGCUUGGCCCAAGCUUGUCCAACGCAUGAACGCCAACAAAGCUAGCGCCGCAGAUGAUCGUGAUUUAGUUACAGCGAGCCGUACAUGGUUUACGCUAUAUCUGUUUGAGCACCAACUUUCGUACGGAACUGGCCGACCUGCCAUCUUGAAGGAGGAUGAUAGCAUCCGGCAUGCCCGUUUAUUGUUGCAACACCCUCUAGCAAUCGAGGAUGACAUGCGAUUGGUUUCUACUUUGGAGUUGAUGGCGAUACGCGAAAAGUUGCAUAACUCCUUAUCGCCAUCUGAAGGACAAGUGCGCGAUUCAGACUUUGAGGAGCUGCGACGAGCUGACGGUGCCUUCCGUCAAUGGUAUUCAACGUGGGACGCUGCAUUUUCGCAAAAGUACGAGGAUGCAGCAUUCUACCGCCAAAGCCUUCAAGCGCAGCACCUUCAUGCUGAGUUGUUUCAUAAUGCUGUGGCUCUAAGAGGGAUCAAUGGUCCUGAAGAUGUAGAGAACAUGCCAGCAGUACAACGAGACUUGGCUAUACGCUCGAUACAGAUUGCGCAGCAGGGCGUUGACAUCACAAUUACCUCGCCCGCCUACAAAGAGGGUCUGAAAUAUGCUGUGCAUUAUACACAUGCUACAGCGACGUUUACAGCAUCGUUUUUAUUGCGGCUCGCUCGUCUUUUCCCUAAUGAAUGCGAUAUGCAAGAAAUCAAACACCUAGUGGAACACUUGGCUUCCCUUAUGGCGGAAGUGCCGGGUAAACGGUAUGCAUUAACCUUACAGUUGAUGCUCAAAAGAUUGCAGUCGCGACGGGCCUCAUCAUCAAGCUCACGGUCGCCUACGAUAGGCCGUGAGCCUCACCGUCAACAACUAUCUAUGAUCAUCGAUCAUGCCAGUCAAAACCCUGCUGUUGGAGUAUCAUACUCUCCGUCCUACUCAAAUCUCACAGGAUCACCAGAGGCGCAGCAGAUAGCAGCGGCGCAGGUCCCUGGCCAUGUACCGUACGCGACCCAUCCGCAUCAACAUCAAGACGCAGAACAGAUCUGGCGGGGAUUCGAGUCGACUGCUAAUGAGCAACUUCCGGUGUGGAUCUCCGAUCAGUCGUUGGGUGGACAGUCCUUCCAGCAGCAUGGGAUGGAUGCGUUCCUGCUACCCUCUGAUUACAUGGCGCCAGGGCCACAAAUCUGGUAG